UUGAAAAUUAAAUGUACGUUAGGAGCUGUCGGAGCUGUUGUCAUUUUGCGAGGGAAUCGGCAAGCAAAAUUUAAUAUUCGAAGCGUAACAGCGUCAUCAUAUCGACGGACAGUUGGAACUGAGGUGCGUUUGAAAUUAGCAACAAUUCGAGGCGUGUUAAGAUGUCGUAAAUAGCGUACCAGCAGAAAACUGAGGUUUUAAUCGGGUCCCUCAGCUGUAAAGCCGCGUUGCUAAACCGCCGUGAGAAGCGAUAGCAAAGGUGAAAAUGCCGCGAACAAAGCAUGUCCGUAAAACAAAAUCGAUCGAGGCAGGCGAGGACGGCGGUCUGCUACUCAAGGAUUUCGAGAAGCAAGUGCAGCUACGACUGCACAAAAUGCAAGUAGAAUUCGAGGGGCGAUUAAACAGAAUCGACACGCACUACCGCAUGGCAUCUUCCCGUCUACCCCAAUCCUUGGCGAAACUGACGCUCCGCGAUAUCAUCCGAAUAACGUCCGCCGAAGACGGUGCGACCGAAGAAUGCGAGGUGAGUUCCUCGAUCGACGUCGACGAGACGAUGUCGCCCACCCCGAGAACCGUCAGGCCGAAGAGGGCCUCGAAGCGCACGACGACUGCCUCCGACGACGGGUACGCGACGGAGGUUGGAACGACGACGAGCACGAGGACUCAAAAUUCUCUGGCUGUCCCGGCGACCUCGACAAAGACGCGUAAAAUGAGGACGCGGAGUUCGUCUGCGAGCAGGAAAACAAAACUCAGCGAGAUCAACACCGCGCCCAAAACCUCCAGGAAAGAGGAACGGGGAGCUUCGUCGGCUAUUAAAAACAAGUUCAAGACUCCAGCGCCAAUGCUCAAGCCGCAUGGAAACGAGUAUGCCCUCGUCACACCCAAAGUCAAGCCCAACACACCGUUGAGCGUGAUGAGACGACCUCGUCAGGGAGAAAUGGCCCUCAGUAUGCAGGGCAGUCCGCUGCUAGUGACGUCUGUUGUCAAUGAGAAUGUCGCCAACGUCAACGUGCCCUUGGAAAAUGGAAGGGUCCUUUCUCUGCUGCCCAACGAUGGACUCCGGCUAUCGUAUUUACCGGAAUUCGACGCAGAGACGAGACGUCAGUUAGUUACCCUAAAACAGCACUUAGAUAAGGUCAUCGGGUCCUAGUAUGUCACGUUCUGUACUCUUUUUUCUCAUUGUAUUCGUAAUUAGAUUGAAUCAUAUUUUUUAUACAUAUUUAGCAUAAUUUUUAAACACGUGUCCAUCUCAUCGGAUUUAACGUGACUAACUACAUUUUAAUGAUACGUGGAAAAGAUACGGAUAGACUUGUUGAUGUUUGAGUAUCUACUUUAUUCACUUGGAUUAUCGACAUAUUAGACUGCCUGCUUCCCUAUCUCAUGUGUAUAUUGAUACUUAUUCUCUAAUUGAUUUCCCAAAUCACAAAAUGUCCAGUUUUGUUAUAGCUCUAUCCAAUUCUUUUCCGUACUUAUCAAGGAUUGGCGCUGAAACACUCGUGUGUCGAAAGUUUAUAUAUAGAUAUAUCAUUUCAAACAGUAUUCAUUCUUACAUUACAAAUAAUAUAAUCCCCACCCUUCAUCGUUAUAAUUGUACUAGAAAAAAAAAAAAAUUGCUUGUAGUAGCAAUUUGUAAACAUAUUCAAGUUACAAAAUUUGAUUGUGAGUCUACGAACAUCUGUAUCUAAAGAAUGUGAAUAGCAAAUAUUUCAGUAAAAUUUGCAUGAUUUUUGUUUCACAAUAUCUUACUGUAGUAAAAUGUAAAAAAUAUUGGAACGUUGAUCAAUCUUAUGACCAACAUGCUCUAAAACUACGCCACACUUUGUCUCAUUCUAGAGCUUUCUAUGAAGAGGCAAAAGCUCUUGAGAAUGUGAGUGAAAGAGGCUGAUCGAGGACAUUUCUUUGUUUGCACUUAAUAUAAAUACAUAGCUUAUAAAUGCAUUACUAAUAAGUUAGACAUAGUAAGUUGUGCCUUUCGAAUAUGACUGAUGCAAAGAGUGCCUUAUGUGGUUGGUGAGCACUAAUAAAUUAGAUUAUGAAUUCCUAAAACACUGUAUAACAUUUGCACCUUCCUAUUUGGAUGUGAUUAAUUUUAUUAUACUCUAUUCAGUUUAUAUAUUCAUACUUUUAUUAUAAUUGGCAUUUAGAACUCCUAGGUAAAGUUAA